AUGGCUUGGCUCAGCAGUGGAGAAAGCAAUGAAGAGCUGAUUUCCAAUAUGAGGAGUGGAAAGUUGAUUGAAAGUGACGUCGUCGCAGACGCAAGUCUAGCCCUUCUAUGCCGAGUUGACAGUAACCAAACACCAGACGCUCAUAUCCUGGAUGUGGGAAGUGGCUCUGGUUAUACAGCUGCCGUAUUCCACCACUUGAUCAAGAUUAACUCGGUAGCUAGAGAAGAUACUGGAUAUCAGUCUCCUUCUACAGUCCCAUCUGGCGGUGUAGUGGGAAUAGACCACAUUCCGGCAUUAGUAGAGUGGUCCAUAGAAAAUCUCAAAAAGGACGGGCUUGGUGAUGCCAUCUCCAAGGGCGAAAUCGUCAUGAUUGCAGGAGAUGGAAGAAAGGGAUGGAAGAAGUACGCGCCCUACGAUGUCAUUCACGUCGGUGCUGCCGCCCCUCAAAUCCCUCAAGAGUUAGUAGAUCAACUCAAGUCGCCUGGGAGAAUGUUCAUCCCUGUCGGACCGGAUGGGGGAGAUCAAGACGUAUGGACGGUGGAUAAAGACGAAUCCGGCAAUCUGAAGAAGACGAGACUGUUUGGAGUUCGGAGUGCGGUGUCCUCUCAAACGUGCUCUGGCAAUGCCCGCCGACAAUCUAUCGAUAGCAGAGCACUCGAGAGAUACAUUCCGAGCUGA